AUGAAGAUUUUACCGAUUCUCCUGUUUCUUUUACAUUUGAGCGAUGUGUUCCCUCAGAAUCCUGGGUAUAAAGAUCACAAGAAGGAACCUAUCUUGCCAAAGAAAAAUAUGCAAAUACUGAUAUCGAGGAAGUUCUCAAAUGGAAAACUGCCACUUGUUAAAACGAAGAAACCUGUAAAAAACGAAGGUUACACAGUAUUUCCAGCAGUUGCGUCUAUGGAAAAGAAACUUUAUCACGUACCACCUAGCCCUUAUUUUCCACUGGAUCCGUAUGAGUCGCAGAAAACUAGAGUUAAGAAAGUUCUUUCCGAUUAUGUCAUGACAGCAAUCAGGAAGAAGCGAUCAGCCGAUGCAGUCACAGUACAACCGCAAAAAGAAAUCAAAAAGCAAGAUAUUGCAGCGAUAAGAAAAGAAAAGACGAAAGAAAAAAGAAAAGGAGAUGGAAAAAAUGCAAAAUCCAAGACAGACAAAAAGAAUAAAACAUACAAAGAGCUGUCGAUAAUUAAAUACUAUGCUAAUGGUUCUGUUUACACAGUGAUGACGAGGCAAACACUUACUCCGAAACACGUUAAGCAACGAUUAAACAAUUCGAGAGCUAAAAAGAAUAAAAAGAGACACAGCCAUCUAACACUUAUCAAAAAGCACGCAAAUGGUUCCACAUACACAGUGAAGGCUAGUCAUCCUCUCGUUUCCGAUAGGAUCCAUCCAAAGGAUUCCAGAAUCAAAUCUUUAAAGUGGAAAAAGGCAAAUAAACGUAGACUUAGAAGCAAUAAAAGACGUUCUAGAAGUCACAACGUUACCGAGUCCAAACACGCAACUGUGAGAGCUAAGGCCGGCCGAAGGUUGAUAGCGGCUCGGGACGCCAUGAUUGAGGACUACCCAUACGUGGUGUCCAUCCAGAAGAACAAUGAGCAUUGGUGCGCCGGAGCACUUCUGAACCCUGUCUUGGUAAUAACGACAGCUAAUUGUGUGUGGAAAUCAAACCGCAUGAGUAGACUGCAAGUGCGUGCCGGGUCUCGACACACAGACCGAGGGGGAGUCGUGGUGGGAAUCCAAGAGGUAAUGAAGCACCCUGGAUGGAGCAUACGGCGAGACCCGGACAACGACGUGGCGCUACUGCUACUGGACGAGAGGAUCAAGUUUUCCGAUAAAAUACACGGGAUCGACUUACCGAACCGCAUCAUGAUGCCGCCCUUUGAAGACGCCUGGGUUACCAGCUGGGGCGCAGAGAGGCGAGAUGGUGUGUUCGACAAGAAAUCAAUGACUCUUCAGUUGUACCACGCACGCUUGAUGGAUAGGAGCAACUGCAACAAUGUGACGCAGCGCUUCGGUAUCGCAGUCACAGAGAACUUUAUCUGUCUCUCGCAGACUGGCAGACGGGCGCCUUGCACCCGGGAUACUGGCGCCCCAGCGGUGAGCGACGGCAUAUUAUGGGGACUCGCUUCAUGGGGAAUCCGGAAAUUAUGCGGCACGGAGCGAUUUCCGGCGAUGUUCUCAUAUUUAGGAUCACAGACGAAUAUGGACUUUAUAGCAAACGCGACACACUACUUGAUGUCGGACGAAAGAUUCUACCCGUACUUAGACAGAUAUCCCACGAGAGCUUACUCACCGACCACUACCACCACUGAAGUUGUACUUUAUAUACACGACUGA